GGUUUGUGCGAUGGCGUCAGAAAGCUUCACAGCGUAGAUCGGCAAAAGCGUGGGAAAUUUGAGUCAAUGGAGUGAUUCUUUCGCUGCCCGCCUACAUCUUUCGUUGUCUCCCUCCCCUCCCUCUCGUCUUCUCUACACAUCACGGCACAGCCUAUGCCAUAUACACCAGACCUUCAACGAUGACGACUGCCCCCAAUGGAUUGGUUCACGCCUCCGACCACAAGACGCACCAAUUCAAGCGCAUCAAGCCUGCUGACCAGACCGAAAAUCCCUUUGUGAAACUGAUCCCGAAUCAAGACAUCGCCAUAAUCCCGUCCUUUACCCUCGAAUCCGGCGCAACGCUCCACAAUGUCCCAGUCGCUUACAAAACCUACGGCAACCUCUCGCCCGAAGCCGACAAUGCCAUGGUCAUCUGCCACGCCCUGACUGGCUCCGCCGAUGUCCAAGAUUGGUGGGGACCUCUUCUCGGAGGCCCGGGCCCAAAUGGCGAGGAAAGCAGAGCCUUCGACAUGUCUCGCUUCUUCAUCGUCUGCUUCAAUAGCUUGGGAAGUCCCUAUGGAAGUGCUAGCCCGGUGACAGCGAAGAAUGGCGUGAAAGAGGAAGGGCAUUAUGGCCCGGAGUUCCCGCUCACGACAAUAAGAGAUGAUGUGAAUCUGUUCAAAAUUCUGCUCGAUGACCUCGGCGUGAAGAAGAUCGCGACAGUCAUUGGAGGAAGUAUGGGCGGAAUGCUCGUGCUGGAAUUUGCCUACUUUGGCAAAGACUAUGUGAGGAGCAUUAUACCGAUCGCGACAUCUGCUCGAUACAGUGCGUGGGGUAUCAGCUGGGGUGAGGCGCAGAGGCAGAGUAUUUACUCGGAUCCGAAGUACGAUGAUGGUUACUAUCAAUUCGGCGAUCCACCAGCCAGUGGUCUCGGAGCUGCGAGAAUGAGCGCACUUCUCACCUAUCGCUCUCGCGAUAGCUUUGAGAGCCGAUUUGGCAGAAAGCACCCAGAUCCCAGGCAAGCCAAAGGUGGCAUCAAUACCAUGCAGCGACCAGGAACUCCAGUGAGAGACGAGGGAGGCGAAGAGCACUUCUACACCCACAACGAGGGACAUCGGAACGCCGGAAGUCCAAGACAGCACCCGAGCAGACGACACUCCCGAGCACAGAUUCCCGAUGGCGACCUGACAGCAAGCGUUGAUUCGCUCCAGCCACAGGAGCAGUUCGUGACAGUCCAAGAUCCGCAAUUCUCCGGCGACAAAGAGAUCCCAGUCGAAGUAAAACCAAGCAGAAGAAAAGUGCCAACAUACUAUUCUGCUCAGUCCUACUUGCGGUACCAGGGCGAGAAAUUCAUCAAGCGAUUCGAUGCUAAUUGCUACAUCGCCAUCACGAGAAAGCUCGACACGCACGAUGUGGCUCGUGGCAGAACCGACACCACUGGCUCUCCCACCGAGGAAGAAGUUCGAGCUGCAUUGGCUAUGAUUCAGCAGCCAACUCUUGUCCUUGGUAUCCAGAGCGAUGGCCUCUUCACCUACCAGGAGCAAGAGCAACUUGCUGCUGCUAUUCCGAACGCAGAGCUCAAGAACAUCGAUAGUCCCGAUGGGCAUGAUGCUUUCUUGCUGGAAUUCAAGCAGGUCAAUGGCUUUUUGAAGGAGUUUAUGAAACGCGAAUUGCCAGAUAUCAUGGCACGAGAGCCUAUCAACUGGCCACCGAAGGAAGAGGAGAAGGCAGAGGCAAAGGCUAGUGUAUUUGGAGAAGCUGAGGCCGAGGAUAUCACGGCUUGGUAGACAAGCUUCACACGUUCCACGAGAUGGGAGUGCUUUUCAAACGGAGAUCUCCAACAUAGAAAAUUCAUUCGAUCCGCAUUAUGGUUUUGAAAGUCCAGUUUCCGCGC